GAGAAGCAAGUGGUUCCCGCAGCGAUCGUGGUCAACGACGUCAGCGCAGAGCUCAUCGUGACGAUCGACAGCUCACCCCCGUUGACCGCCGAGCUGGCACCUCUGGAGGGCCCGCCGCACAACUUCGAGAUCGACAGCUGCGGCGCCAACAUGCAGAUGACGCAGAGUUAUACCGUGCGUUGGAGGACUGCCCCACCUUUCCUGACGACGAGCGACGUGCUGGCGAGGGCCCGCUACACCGUAGUGGCCCCCGGCAAAGACACGAGCGGUCUGCGCCGCUUUCCCGCGAACUUGACCGACAGCGGCUACGUGUUCCAGAGUCUGCCGGGAUGGAAGAGCGCGCGCCAGCAAUGGGGCCGCGUCGACGCCUUCGACACCAGUCUUCGUGAGCUCGGCAGUCGCACGCAGCUGGUCGAGCAGGAGCAGCAGCAGAUGCGCACGGACAUCGAGCGCACGCAGUCCUCCCUGGCCAUCGCAGAGGCCACGCUCCCGCCGCGCGACAUAGCUGCACUCGCAGUUUGGGAUCGCCCACCCGAUCCGCACCUCUACAGCAUCGGGGCGCCCUCGGCUAUCGAACCUGCCGAGGUCCGUCGCUCUGUGGAGCCAUGGAUCACAGCAGCAGGCGUCUCCCUCAGCGACGUCGAGUUCAUUG